UUUUAAUCAAAUGAACGCUUGAACUGAGCGUAUUUUUCCAAUACGAAAUCAAGAGAAAUAAUAACCAAACCAACCAAAUGAGGAGGGAACGGAAGCAAUAAUGUUUUACUUAUUUAAGAAGCUGUGAAGAAUCUAUAUUGUGUUACUUCUUUACUUCAGUUUGGUUCAAGAACACAGUGCUAAGAUGGCGGGGAGUGAUGUUAGAGACAUCCUGGAUAUUGAUGCUGCUCCAGAGCAAGCUUUCAUCACCAAAGAUGCCCUCAUGAGCAAACCUCAGAAAAAGGUGACGAGAAAGUCCAUGGAUGUCUCUUUCAAGCGUCCAGAGGGGAUGCAUCGGGAAGUAUGGGGCCUCCUAUGGACAGAUAACAAGGAUUCUCCACCUAUCAUACCAACGGACACAAACCAAGGCUACAAACAGAUGAAGGCAAAGAUUGGUAGUAGUAAGGUGCGGCCCUGGAAGUGGAUGCCUUUCUCUAACCCAGCCAGGAAGGACGGUGCUAUAUUCUACCACUGGAGACGAGAGGCUGAUGAAGGCAAGGAUUACCCCUUUGCCAGGUUUAACAAGGCUGUAGAUGUUCCAGUAUAUUCAGAUCUAGAAUAUCAACAACACCUUCAUGAUGACAACUGGACACGCCAGGAAACUGACCACCUGUUCGACCUUUGUAAAAGAUUUGAUCUUCGAUUUUUAAUUAUACAUGAUCGCUGGGAUAGAGAGAAGUUUCAUAACAGAAGUGUAGAGGACUUGAAGGAGAGAUAUUAUGGCAUAUGUAACAAUCUCACAAAGGUGAGAGCUCCACAAGGCACUGAACCCAAAAUAAGAGUGUUUGAUGCAGAACACGAAAGAAAGAGGAAACUUCAGCUAACAAAACUAUUUGAAAGAACUCCAGAACAGGUGGAAGAAGAAGAACAUUUGAUUGCAGAGCUUAAGAAGAUUGAACUGAGGAAGAAGGAACGAGAGAAAAAGACACAAGACCUCCAGAAGUUGAUCACAGCUGCAGAUAGUAACAUUGACAGUCGAAGAGCAGAGAAAAAACACAACAAGAAAAAAGUCCACCAGCAACAGAAACUCAAAGAAGGACUGCCAUCUGUGGAACCAUCUGGUAUUAAGUUUGCAGAUUUCAAGGCAUCAGGUGUAUCACUUAGAAGUCAGAGGAUGAAGCUGCCAGCAUCUAUAGGACAGAAGAAGACUAAGGCUAUAGAACAAGUUUUAGAGGAGUUAGGAAUAGAGUACAAUCCCAUGCCGACAGAGGAAAUUGUGACACAGUUCAAUGAACUGCGACAGGACAUAGUGCUGUUGUAUGAACUGAAGUUGGCAUUAGCGACAUGUGAUUAUGAGGUGGAGUCUUUGAGACACAGAUUUGAAACUCUUGCACCAGGAAAGGCUGUUGAACCUGACCUGAUCAAGCCAGACACAAGUACAGCUAAUCUGGAAAUAUCCUCCAAUCUUUUCAACCCUGUACUCCUCACACCAGACUCACCCUCUAGACAGAAGAAAUUAGCGGAGGCUAUUGAUGUUGUUGGAACACCAGGAACACCAAACAGAAAAAGAAAGGCUGCUAUAGAGCAAAGUAACAUCCUGAAGAAGAUUAAACACUGAGAAUGAGAAGUAGGUACUACAACCUCAGAUCUCACUGGUAUGUGUAAUCCUACUGGAGUUGUCUCCCCUGGUAUUCAUCAAGACUUGGAAGUGCAACUAUAUGAAGCAAGGGGAGCUCUGCUAGCAGGUUUUGUGUUGGUAACAAAAACACUCGCCUUUUGACUUUAAUGUUAAAAUCGUCCAAGAAGAGCCGAGAGGCUGCUACUCUAAAGUGAAUUCCAGCUGAAUGUACAGGACAGAAGAUUAGUUGGAGUUAGUGGCUAUAAAUGGUGACAGGACAUCUAUUGCCAGGAAUCUCUUCUAUCAUAGUACAAUUUUGUUGGACUUUCCAAAAUAUGUGUGAACUAUUCAUACAACAGCCUGAUAAUCUAGAUCUCUACCAUGGAAUCUCACUUCUGAUUCAGUUAAAAUUCCAAACUUGAAAACGGACAUGAAAUCAAUUAUGCAUGUUUAUUAAAACAUGAUUAUUCUCCCAAGAUAUCUUGAAUGAAUUGCAGUUUGAUAUUUGAUAUAAUAGAGACUACUGUAAACUUCCUAUUUUCACUACUGAAUAGCUCUAUGGGGAGACUAAACCUACUGUCCCAGUGGACAGCAUAUACUAAACUUACUGUCCCAGUGGACGGAGUAUCCUAAACCUACUGUCCCAGUGGACAGUAUACAGGGCUGUCACUGUUACCAAUGAAUGCAUGUAUGUGUUGGGUAGUAUGUUACCUAGUGUAAAUGGGUGUGAAAGGCAAUACAAGAUUUGUAUAAUUUGUUAUGUUUGGGACUAAAAUCAUGAAGAUGUUGUGAUUAGAAUGAAAUGAUUGUUGUGGUUGUAAAGUUAAUGUUGACUAUCAAUUGCUGCAGCUACAUGCAUACAUGUCUGUUAUUUGUCGUGUCAGAAUCACAAGACCAAUUUUCUUUUGAACAAAGAAAAAAAUUGAAAUAAUUACCCCAGAUUUAUCAAAACAAAGUCUUGAGAUGAAUAAAAGAGGAAAAACAC